AUCAACAUCAAACCCCGAGAGAACCCGUCGGGAUGAUCGAUACAUGCUGGGUGCUCCUAACUCUUGAUUCCACUGGUCAGAUGCUCAUGUUCUGCUCCAUGCUUGUUGCCAGAGGCCGCCAACAUCCGAGGUUUCCAACCACGUGAUCGAUCACGUGUCAACACAUUGAAAACAGUCCUUCGGCUUUGACAGCCUACGAGUAGCCCGAAAACCCUCUCGAAAGCCAGUUCUGAGCUCCAAUGGCAUUUGCUCCUGAGCUUGUCGUUUCUGGCACUCUUCCCAGCAUCGAGCAGGCACCAGGCAAAGCAUGGACUCCUCUCUACCGUCACGGAUGUUCAUUUCCACCCGAAAUAUUCAGAGAAGUCAUGCUGAACCUCAUACGCAACCCGAACAUCAAUUCGAACCAUCUAUUUCGAGCAGAUAUAUCUCUGGACUGUCUGUUCUCCAAAGAGUUCCUGCCCGAGUCAAGCAUUUCUCCAAGAAUCGAGCACUUCAAGGGCUUUACUCUGAAGACUAUCAUGGUACGGACUAUGAUUCCGAGGAACAUUGUUGUAGAUAGGCCGUUGGACCAGACAUGUCUCCUCUACGACCAAGCCAUGGAUUCUGGCGAGAUAUUGUCCCUGGUCAUCUACCUGCCGCACAUCACAUCUGCAGCGGAGUUACCUUUCUACCACCCUGCUGUGCACGGAAUAGGAUUUCUACACACCUAUGACUCUGUGAAGCGGGAGGGAGUGAUUUCCAUACACUAUUCUUUUUUUGAAUCCGAGCCAAGAUCGGUCAAACUAGAACGAACUGCACUACAUCUGCUUGCUGUUCUGCACAAGCAUGGCCAGGGCUUGGUAAAUGGAUAUGUCAAGAGAGUAAAGCACGACGUCAUUCUUCCUCAAGCAAAAGUCCAGAAUACCUACGCUCGAUUAAAAGCCAAGUAUGCGAGGUCAUUGAGUCAAGCAUGGGUAGAAGAUACAGAUCCAGGAAAACAUGUGUUUGAGGAUCUUGGCAUCGCAGCCUUUCUGAUCGAGCUAUGGGCAGAAAUGUACAAGGAUAUUAUCUUUCCUGGGUUCGUCGAUAUUGGAUGUGGCAACGGAUUGCUCGUUCAUCUUCUGAUCGAAGAAGGCUAUUCGGGCUGGGGCUUCGACGCCAGAAGAAGGAAGUCGUGGUCAAUCUGGAGCACAAAAUCACAAGAGAGUCUGAAAGAAAUGAUUUUGAUUCCGUCUAUUGUAGCCAAAAAGAAAGUCCUAUCCGAGAUGUCCAACAAUAAAACCCAGCACACGAAUCCAAACUCGAAGCUCUCCGAAGAUGCACCCAAAACUCUGACCGAAAACUCCGACAAUGGAACCCAGCCCACGAAUCCGACUUUGGAGCCAGCCGAAGAUAAAGCCAAAGCCCAAACCCCCAAUGAAAAUUCAGCCAAGAAAAUGCAAGAAGUAGGAAUACAUGAUGGAGUCUUCCCCAAAGGGACCUUCAUCAUAUCAAACCACGCCGAUGAGCUCACCCCGUGGACGCCAAUCCUCGCCAAUCUUUCCGAAUCCCCUUUCAUGAUGAUCCCCUGUUGCAGCCAUGCCCUUAGUGGAGAUCGCUUUCGAGCGCCGCCUCCAAAAAACGCCGGUGCGUCCAGUUCUGCCUAUGCCUCUCUCGUUGCUUGGGUGUCGAAGUUGGCGAUUGAGUGUGGAUGGAAAGUCGAGAAAGAGAUGUUGAGGAUACCAAGCACUCGAAACACUGCACUGAUAGGAAGGCAUCGAAAUAUACCUUUCGGAGAUGUCGAUACAGUUGAUUUGGUGGAUGAGAAUGGUGGUGCUAUUUGCUGGGAAGAAAAUGCUCUGAAAUUGGUCAAGAGCGCCGCGAGAGGCCAUUGUGGCCUUGCGGUACCCGGAGAAUCGUAGCUUAGCUCCAGCUCUCUUCGUCCCAAUCGACUGUUCUCUUGGGGAGUGAAUUCCCCCUUCUAGCCGACCCAUUCCAAGCUCUCAAUUCGUUCCGCCCGUCAACAAUUACAUACUCAGGCUCGCUAGGCUCCAGAGUACCAUCCUCAUCAUCGCUGUGCCCGCCGUCCUCCAUCUCCUCAGAGAAUCUGAUAUGCUGUUGCUCACUAUUCUCUUCAAGCCUUGUCUCCUCCGGUUCCGUGCUGAGAUCCUCCGCAUUGUCCUCUUCAUCCGCGUCUGCCUCUCCACCAGAUUUAUACGGACACUCUGACCGAGCCUCCAACUUGUCCAUAAGACU